UUUAUAAUGACAUAUACUUUUUACUCUGUUUUUAGGAAGUAUUCAACAUCAAUUAAAAUGUCUUCCACCAAGUCUCCAAAUGCAAGCGAAACACCCAGAAAACCAGGAUUGAGAACUGUUCAAACAACUAUGCUCUUCCGAGCUGUGAACCCAGAGCUUUUCAUUAAACCUAACAAGCCUGUGAUGGCAUUUGGGCUCAUAGCAAUUACCCUCUGUGUGGCCUACCUUGGUUAUUUGCAUGCAACAAUAGAGAAUAAAAAGGACCUCUAUGAAGCAAUUGACAGUGAGGGGUCCAGCUAUCUGAGGAGGAAGACUUCUAAGUGGGACUGAGGACGUAAGGAAGGAAAUCAGCAAAUCAAUAACAGAACUUUGCCAGGCAACUACUAUUUUUUUUUUUCUCUCUCCCUUGAAAUAAUGGAUAAAUGUCUCUCUUGCUGUUCAGUCCAGUUUAAGUUCCUUUGUAAAAUGCCAUACCUGUACAAAUGAAUUGCAAUUGAGAUACAUGUGAACAUAAAAGUGACUUUUAAGAAUUGUUGUCUGCAAACUCCACGGCCUGUCAGAAGACAUGAAGUUACCUCGGACAUGCAGUCAAGACUAAUAAAUGCCUUAGAAAUGCACAUGAUAGUUCAGCUUAUUAGCUCUUUGCUUUGAUUGAGUGAAAACAGGGGUUUGUCUUAAUUUUUAAACAGAAGUGUAAUGCAUUGUGUGUGAAAAGAAAAAGUUGAUCUCUUGAUCUGUUGAAAGUUGACAGGUAACAGUGCAAGUGAAAUAAUUUUAAAGCAAGAAAGAUCUGAUAGUCAUUGGAGGGUUGUAUUUAAUAAAGGAAUUUGUAAAAUACUGACCAAA